GAGCAGUGAGUCAGAAAUCAGUAGCACAAAUGCAUGUCAACGCUACUUAGCUAGCUUGGAAGCUGUGUUAAUGUAAUCACCAAUCACCAAAAGUGUAGUAGUGUAGUAACAGUAAUCAUCUACAUGCAACAACUUACUAGUAGUAUGGUGAUAGAGUAAUUCAAUUAAAUUCAAAAAUAAUUAAAAAUAAAAAAAGUCCUUUGAAAUUUGCACCUUACUUAAGCCAUAACACAAUAUGAGAAAAAGCCAUCUCUGCUGCGUAACCGUUCCUCCCCACGCGGCAAACCUUCUUCUUUAAUUCUCUCAGCUUUUUCUCAUACUCACACUUCCCUUCCUUUAUUGCAUAAUUAAUACUACUAUUUUCAUUUUCAUCUCGUAAUUAUCGUUCCUUUUUUCUCUUCUUUUUUACUCCUCACUCACUCUCUUCACAUCUAUUGUGCUGUUUUUUCAUACUCUCAUCGCUCUCUCUUAUUAUACUGCUCGCCGUCGUUUUCUAAUAAUGUCGUCGGCGCUGAAAACUAAUAGCUCCGAUGACGAAGGCAAACAGUACCCUCCCCCGCUCGCUUCUCACAACGACGUCGUUAAUGACCCUACUCUCUUUUGGGACACUCUUAGACGCUUUCACUUUCUUAUGGCUACCAAAUUCAUGAUUCCUGUGAUUGGAGGUAAGGAACUCGAUUUGCACGUUCUUUACGUGGAAGUUACAAGAAGAAGCGGUUAUGAGAAGGUAGUUGUGGAGAAGAAAUGGAGAGAAGUAGGUAGUGUAUUUAGAUUCUCAUCUACGACUACAAGCGCUUCUUUUGUACUCAGAAAACAUUACUUCACUCUUCUUUACCAUUACGAACAAGUUCACUUCUUCAAAGUCAAGGGUCCUCUAUUCACUCCUUCAACAGAUUCAUUUUCUGGAAACAGUUCCUCGUGGAGACCUGAAUUAGCUAUUGUUCAAUAUUCACCUAAGAUGGUAAACAUUGAUAGUCCUCAAUCACAUGAUGAAGAGCAUGUAGAUAGUUCAUGUCUUUUGGGAAAAGGAACAAUCGAAGGAAAAUUUGAUUGUGGUUAUCUAGUGUCAGUGAAAUUGGGUUCUGAAGUUCUUACAGGGGUGCUUUACCAUCCAGAACAAGUGGUUACUUCACCAUUGGUUCCACAAUUCGACAGUGCCAUUGUACCAUUCAAUCACAAAUUGGGUAGAAGGAGGAGACGAAAAAGAAGGUGGGACCCCAAUUAUCCAAAGCCAAAUAGGAGUGGCUAUAACUUUUUCUUUGCUGAAAAACAUUACAAGCUCAAAGAACUCUAUCCAAACAGAGAAAGGGAGUUCACUAAAAUGAUUGGUCAGUCAUGGAAUACUCUCAGCCCUGAAGAAAGAAUGGUUUACCAAAACAUUGGUUUAAGGGACAAAGAAAGGUACAAACGAGAAUUGACGGAAUACAAAGAGAAAAUGAAGAUUGGGCAGACCAAAGAAGUUGGACGUCCAUAAAUCUCAGUGGUAGCCUUUUAGGCAGCAAAAUAAUCGUUUUAGUUUUUUAUUUUUUAUUUUAUUUUUAAUGUUGAUAUAAUCGUAGAAUUCUGUUACUAUAAUAUAUCGUGUUAACUUUUACGUGCAUAUUGUUGUGGAUUGAGGUUUA